AUGGCUUCUACACCAGGGCAGAUGAGUGUGGUAGUGGCUUUUCUAGGCCUGGUUUCCUUCAUUUUUGGAGUGAUUGCAGAAAAUAAGAAGCCGCCCUCUGGGGAAGCAAUUACUGGGAGAGGAGUAGUCAUCUGUAAAUAUCCAUAUGAUCCAUCAAUUGUUUUCGGAUAUAUUUCAUUUGCAUUUCUUGCAGCCUCCACAAUUGCUGGAUAUUACUCUUUGUUUUACCCAUACAAAGAGAAAUCUAUCCCACAAGCUGAAUUCUUCUCCAACUGCUGGUGCUCUUCAUUCUUCAAUGUUGCAUUGGCUACAACAGGCUUGGCUGCGACAUUCCUCUUAUGGCCUACAAUCACAGAACAACUUCACCACACAAACAAUAUCCAUUCCAAUCUCGAUUAUAAUUGUCCAACUGCUAAGACUGGUCUAUUCGGUGGUGGUGCACUCUUGUCCCUCAGCGCGAGCCUUUUCUGGUUGGUGUCUCUGAUGCUAGCUAACAAUGUGCAUGAAGACUACUUCGAAGAAAGUUUAGGCUGA